AGUCCAUUAAAGACCGUGAUCGUGAUCAGUUGAUUUUAUAGUUUUUGAAACAUGAAGUGCUUAUUAGUAACUGUCUUGAUAUCAGUGCAAUUCUGUGCACUUGCUUACUCAACACAAAGGCCAAGUCAUACUGAAGAUGAUUCAAGUCCUUUCCUAGACAUUGCAUCAUCAUUUUUAGAGAGUUUUAAUCAGAAUCAAGGAAAUGGUGGUGGGUCGAGUUUAGACGGAAUUGCAAGUAUUGCAUCAUUGAUUGGUAACAUGGUACAGUCAUCGGAUAGUGGAAAAUCUCAACCAUCUGGAGCAGCACAAAUUAUUGCCGGUCUGGGGAGUUUAUUAACAGCAAAUAGUCGAGGAAGCGGUGGAGGUUCUGGAGGUUUCGAUCCAGCCAUAAUUGGUAACGUCAUUCAGAUGUUUGCUGCUAAUAGCGGAGGUUCUAAGGAGAAGCGGUCUAACGAUGAAGGUAACGGAAUGGAAGCAGUUCUUUCAAUUGCAUCUUCAUUUCUUUCCAACUACAAUAAUCAGAAUCAAGAAAAUGACGAGAUUGAAACUAAUGAAAUAAAUCAAGAAAAGAAAAAUCCUUAUAAGAAAGAAGAACCGAAGCAUCCAGGAAUAAAUGGAGAUCAAAUAAUGAAUUUGUUACCAAUUGUGAUGCAAACGUUGAGUUCUUUUACCGGUUCUGAAAUGGAAAAGACUGAACAGAAACAUAAAGACCACGGUGGAAUUCUUCCACCAUUCUUAGAGAAAAUUCAUACAGCGUGGGAUCAUUUCAGUAAUUCUGAGUUAAGUGACGCACUUUACAAGAAGAUCGGCUUGGAUAAUGUCUUCAAAGGUUUCAUGGGGCGCGAUGGAAAACUUGAUUACGAUAAACUUUUUGAAUCACUUCAAAAUCAAUCAUUUAGACGUCGUUGGAUUCAAAAAGCAUUGUUUUACAUUUCUGACUGGGCAAAUUAUUUAUCUGAUCCGGAAGUUUAUCAGAGCUACUUUGCGACGGGCCAAAUGAUGUUCAACGGAUUUUUGCAAUCGCAAGGUUUUCCCAAGAAGACUCAUUUUGAUAUUCAUCGACCAAGUGAAACGAUCUCGAGCUUAAUUAAUCAUGCAGUGAAGAAAAAUUUGAUGGUCGAUGUUGAUUCAAUGCCUUAUGUUAUGCCAGCAGUUUCUUAUAUUAAAGACGUUCUUAAAUUAGGAAAGAAUCGAGAAUAUUUGCAAAGAAUGAACACAACGGAACUCAAUAAUAAGUUAACAGACACAUUUAAUCUCGAGGUCAUUGAACCAAUACUUAAAGUCCAUCGCGCAUAUCGACACGCGAUAACUGAAACAGAAUGCGAUCAAUAUGUUUUGUGUCAGAUCAAUUCACACAAACCCGAUGAAAAUCUUGGACUUGGUGGCUUCAAGGCUGGGGUUCUCAAGUUCGGAAGUUAUUUUGCUUCGUGGUUCAUCAGCGAGAAAACUCAUACACCAUUCUGGACCCUGUUUGGAAGUGUAAAUAAUCCAUUCAACUGCGAAGUGAAGUAUCCAGUAGAUUGCACGAGAUUCCAUGAAGUUGAAAGUAAAGUUACAACAGAAUACGCUCAUACAGAACUUUAG